CAGGUCUGUGGCAAGAAGGGUCACUGCGCAGGCUUUGUGGGGUCAGUGUAUCACGACUGUCCCUACAAGCCGUGCUACCUGUGCAAGCAGCCAGGCCACACCACCAUGACCUGCCCCUUCCGGAUUGCUCCAGAGCACGGCUGCCGCCAAGCCUCAGGCAUCUGCUCUGAUGGCAUGCUCGCCUGCGUCAGACAGCGUGAGCUGAAUGGACGACAGGACAUGCACAUCGAGCAGAACGACUGGCUGGUGGAUGCAGCUGUGCUGAGGCUGCACUCGCGCCGGUGCACCUGCCUCGAAUUCCACCCAACCAAGGACAACAUAGUGGUGAGUGGGGACAAGAAGGGGCAGGUGGCGGUGUGGGACUUUGAGAAGGUGCACGAGCGCACAGUGCAUGGCAGCAUGCACCGCGCACUCACCAACAACCUGCGCUUCCUGGGGCGCCUGCAUGACAUGCAGUGCGCUUCAGCAUCCUCCGACGGCCUCUGCAAGGUGUUUGAUGUGGAGACUGGCUUUGACACCACCGUGCUGAACAUGAACCCCGAGGGAUGGAUCCAGGGGGUGACCAACGAGCGCACAUGGGUGAUGCUGUAUGGCCUAGACGUAUGCGCAGAGCGGCAGCUCAUCAUUGCUGGCGACAACAAGGGCAAGGUGUACUUUGCUGAUGCGCGCACCAAUCAGGAGAUUGCUCAGCACCAGCUGCACAAGAAGGGCAACAAGGUGAACACGAUACACGUGAACCCAAUGAACUGCAACCUGAUGAUGACGGGCAGCAAUGACUGGACCGCUCGCAUCUUUGACAUCCGCGCCAUGUCAUCCAGCCCCAUGCAAGUAGCAUGCAUGGAUCACCCGAAGGUGGUCAAUGCUGCAUACUUCUCUCCUGGUUCCGGUACCAAGAUCAUGACCACCUGCAUCGACAACAGGCUGCGCAUUUGGGACUACAUUCUAUCGGCGGGCGAUGCACCUGACCGUGAGAUUGUGCACUCCCAUGACUUCAACCGCUACCUCACGCCUUUCCGAGCCGAGUGGGAUCCCAAAGAUGCCGCAGAACGCACCAUCAUCGUUGGCAGGUAUAUCUCGGAAGAUUUUGGGGGAGCGGCCCUGCAUCCAGUGGAUAUCAUGGAUGCGUCCACUGGGCGGCUGCUCACACAAUUGGUGGACGCAAAUCUCUCCACCAUCUGCCCUGUCAACAAGCCACACCCCCGCCUUGAUGUCAUCAUCUCGGGCUCCUCCCGCUCGCUGUACGCCUGGCGCCCA